GGACAAAGGGCGGUAUUACCCAUUUUAUACACAGUGCAUGCUCUCUCUCUCUCUCUCUCUCUCUAAAAUGGAGGAACAGAGUAGUAGCACACAGCCACUCCUCUCCCCCGGGAAAUACCAAUUGACAAAAUCAAGCAGUUCGCUCUCUUCAUCAUCGUUCAUUGCAGAUGAAGCAGACAUCAAGCCCGUCGGAAGUGUCAGAGAUUUCUUCCGUGAGUUUUCGUUGGAGUCCAAGAAGCUUUGGUACCUCGCCGCUCCGGCGAUCUUCACCACCGUCUGCCAGUACUCCCUCGGCGCAAUCACCCAAGUCUUUGCUGGCCAUGUCGGAACAGUCGAACUCGCCGCCGUGUCCGUGGAAAACUCCGUCAUCGCCGGUUUUUCUUUUGGUCUCUUGUUGGGAAUGGGAAGUGCACUAGAGACCCUCUGCGGGCAAGCGGUUGGAGCAGGGCAACUAGACAUGCUAGGGAUAUAUAUGCAGAGAUCGUGGAUUAUCCUCAACACCACGUCACUCUUCUUGAUGUUCUUUUACAUCUUCGCCACCCCACUUCUGAAGCUCAUAGGCCAGACGACUGAGAUAUCGGAGGCGGCUGGAACCUUUGCAGUCUGGAUGAUUCCCCAGCUCUUCGCCUACGCCUUCAUGUUUCCGCAGGCGAAGUUCUUGCAAGCCCAAAGCAAGAUGGCAGCGAUGGCCGUGAUAGGAGCAUCGGCCUUGGUUUUGCACGCCGUCUUCAGCUGGCUCCUGAUGCUCAAGUUGGGGUGGGGAUUGGUGGGCGCAGCGGUGGUCCUGAAUUCCACGUGGUGGUUGAUAGUGGUGGCUCAAAUGUUGUAUAUUGUGUGUGGGUCCUGUGAUCGGGCUUGGUCCGGGUUUUCAUGGAUGGCGUUUCAUAAUCUCUGGGGAUUCGUCAAGUUAUCUCUUGCAUCUGCCGUGAUGCUUUGCUUAGAGACAUGGUACUUUAUGGCAUUAAUUCUCUUCGCUGGGUAUUUGAAGAAUGCAGAGGUUGCUGUGGAUGGCUUAUCAAUUUGCAUGAAUAUUUUGGGCUGGACGAUCAUGGUAGCUCUUGGGUUCAAUGCAGCUAUCAGUGUAAGGGUAUCGAAUGAACUAGGGGCAGCACAUCCAAGAACAGCAAAGUUCUCAGUGGUGGUGGCUACCGUGACAUCAAUGCUAGUUGGCCUUGCAAUGGCACUCGUUUUGAUUAUUGCACGAAAGCAAUACCCGGAUCUGUUUUCGAGUAGCACAGAAGUCAAACAGCUUGUGUAUUCGCUCACUGCAAUGUUAGGAAUAAGCAUUGUCAUUAACAGUCUCCAACCUACUCUCUCUGGGGUAGCCAUUGGAGCAGGGUGGCAAGCUUAUGUAGCCUAUGUGAACAUAGGCUGCUACUAUUUCUUCGGCAUCCCUCUGGGUCUUGUGCUAGGCUAUGCCACUGAUAUGGGUGUUACGGGAAUUUGGGAUGGAAUGUUGGCAGGAACAGUCUUGCAAACAUGCAUCCUCCUAUGGAUGAUUUAUAGGACUGACUGGAACAAAGAGGCAUCCAUAGCCGGACGUAGAAUAAAAGAAUGGGGCGGAAAGGUGAAUCUUCCCAAAGAUACUGAUGCAAUCAAGCUAUUCAAGCCAUCAAUUAACCACACUCGUCCUCUUGAAGCAUUUGAAAGACUCAAAGAAGCCAUCAAGUGUGGGACGAGGAGAAAGGGGAGUGAAUACUCAUUUUAUAAAGCAUCCGUUUCGCAAUCUCUCUCUCUCUCUCUCUCUCUCUCUCUCUCUCUCUCUCAAAUGGACGAGGAGACUAGUAGCACACUGCCACUUCUCUCUCCCAGCCGAUACGUUGACCUUAGAGCGACAAGAUCAAGCACUUCCCUCUCUUCCUCAUCGUUCGUUGCAGAUGAAGCAGACAUCAAGGCAAUUAGAAAUGUCAGAGAUUUCUCUGCAGCAUUUGUGUUGGAGUCCAAAAGGCUUUGGUACCUCGCGGCUCCGGCAAUCUUCACCACCGUUUGCAACUACUCCCUCGGCGCAAUCACCCAAGUCUUUGCCGGCCACGUCGGAGCAAUCGAACUCGCCGCUGUGUCUGUGGAAAACUCCGUCAUCGCCGGUUUUUCUAUGGGUCUCUUGUUGGGAAUGGGAAGUGCGCUAGAGACACUCUGCGGGCAAGCUGUCGGAGCAGGGCAACUAGGCAUGCUAGGAAUCUACAUGCAGAGAUCAUGGGUUAUCCUCAACACCACAUCGCUCUUCUUGAUGUUCUUCUACAUUUUCGCCGCCCCGCUUCUAAAACUCAUAGGCCAAGAAAGUGAAAUUGCGGAGGCGGCCGGAACCUUCGCUGUCUGGAUGAUUCCCCAGCUCUUCGCCUACGCGUUCAUGUUUCCGCAGGCGAAAUUCUUGCAGGCCCAGAGCAAGAUGGCAGCGAUGGCCGUGAUAGGCGCAGCGGCCUUGGUUUUGCACACCGUCUUCAGCUGGCUCCUGAUGCUCAAGUUGGGGUGGGGAUUGGUGGGCGCGGCGGUGGUCCUGAAUUCCACGUGGUGGUUGAUAGUGGUGGCGCAAAUGUUGUAUAUUGUUAGUGGGUCAUGUGGCCGAGCUUGGUCUGGAUUUUCAUGGAAGGCGUUCCAUAAUCUCUGGGAAUUCGUCAAGCUGUCUCUUGCAUCUGCUCUCAUGCUUUGCUUAGAGAUAUGGUACUUUAUGGCGUUGAUUCUAUUUGCCGGGUAUUUGAAGAAUGCAGAACUUUCAGUGGAUGCCUUAUCAAUAUGCAUGAAUAUAUUGGGCUGGACAAUCAUGGUAUCUAUCGGAUUCAAUGCAGCUAUCAGUGUAAGGGUGUCAAAUGAAUUGGGUGCAGCGCAUCCAGCGACCGCCAAGUUCUCGGUGUUGGUAGCCACCAUGACAUCGUUUAUGGUCGGCCUCGUCAUUGCACUCAUUCUGAUUAUUGCACGGAAGCAAUAUCCGAAUUUGUUUUCAAACAGCACAGAGGUCAAACAGCUUGUGUACUCGCUCACUGUAACGUUGGGAAUAAACAUUGUCAUUAACAGCAUCCAACCUACUCUAUCCGGGGUGGCGAUUGGAGCAGGGUGGCAAGCUUACGUAGCCUAUGUGAACGUAGGGUGCUACUAUUUCUUCGGCAUCCCUCUGGGUCUAGGGCUAGGCUACGCAGCGGACAUGGGUGUUUCGGGAAUCUGGGACGGAAUGCUGGCGGGAACAGCCUUACAAACAUGCAUCCUGUUCUGGAUGAUUUAUAGGACUAACUGGAACAAAGAGGCAUGCAUAGCUGGAGAUAGAAUCAAACAAUGGGGGGGAACGGUGGAUCUUCCCAAAGAGACUGACGUCGAGGAUGAAGCAAGAUGACAAUGUGUCAUGUGGUCAAGCAUCUAGAACAACUUUCAUCAGUAAAAUGACACGCUUUAUCACCCCCGAAUUAAACCACCCCCGAAUUAAACGCCAUGUUCCAUCAGCACAUGUUACGGGAAUUCUUCAUUACAAUUCAAUUGUCUUUGGAGCCGUUAAUAGAAAAUUGCUCAUUCUUUUUUCA